ACUACACGCUCCGUGAGAGGCUAACAACGAGCCUGAACAGGAGGCCUACUGGCAGGUCGUGUGUGUCGGUAUGUUAACAGGUUUUACCAGAGGAGAGGUGAGGCAGUAGACGCCGCCCCUCAGGUGUGGGCGCAGUGACUCACUGUUUCACCACCGACACACGGCUCUUUCACUCCGACACUCCGCGGAGACAUUUGCGUUCAUGCCUCCGUUCAACAAAUGUGCACGAAGAGACUUUUAACAGAGUAACUAACCUGCCGGAGGUGACGCAGUUUAAAUGUUUUAUCCCAUGUUUCGGAUAUGGCCUCUGCUUCUGCUGGGAGGACUCGUGCUGCCAGGGGUGCAACAUGUCAGUGGAAUAAUUAUUUACACGGCGAAAGAGGUGGAAGUGGCCAACGGGACGAAUGUGAAACUGAAGUGCACGUUUUCUUCCAAUCACCCAGUGUCAGCUAAGUCUGUCACCGUGUCCUGGAAUUUCAGAGCCCUGAACUCAAAUUCAGAUGAGUCGGUCUUUUACUACCAGGAGCAACCAUACCCUCCCAUGGAAGGGCGUUUUAAAGGCCGCGCGGUGUGGUCGGGAGAUAUUAUGAAAAAGGACGUUUCCAUCACCCUGCAUGAGGUGCCUGCGACCUUUAAUGGCACCUUCACCUGCCAGGUGCGCAACCUUCCAGAUGUGCACGGCAGCAGCGGAGAGCUCACCCUCAGAGUCGUCAACAAAGUUUCCCUCUCUGAGAUCAGCAUCCUGGCAGCAGCAGUUGGCGGCGCCUGUGGUGUCAUCCUCAUCCUCCUCUCUAUCUUCGUGGUGGUGAGGCUCUGCAGGAAAAAAAAUGUGGAGUCCGACCCUGAGAUGCAAGUGCGGGAACACGAGUGGAAGGACCCGACCGUGUGUUCACCUGAAGAGGCCAUUCAUCUAACAGUUUUCAAGGAGAAAGAACCUGUUAGCUCAGAUGAUGAAGCGUCUGAACCCAGCAGUGGAGAUGAUGAUGAGGAAGAGGAUGGCCUUGAAGACGAUGACGACGAUGACGACGAUGAUGACGAUGAUGAUGGUGGAGAUGACGACGAUGAUGAUUAAAUGGACACACUCAAACGAUUAUAAUCGUCUUUCCCGGUAUUAACGUCUGCCUUUUUGCCUCUCAUGAACAUGAUUGAAAUGGUUAUGUGUAAUUUAUUGUACAUUUUUCAGAGUUUUGUGCAUUUUUCAGAGUUUCGUGCAUUAUAGUCAACGAAUUACAGUAUAAAUAAGAGUAGAUGUUAAAGGAAUGCCCACCCUAAAAUAGCUGUUUUUCUAACAAUAACUCGCCCCGUACCUGAAAUUCGUAAAGAAAAAGUAGUUGUUUAUUGCAUGCCUCAAGUGUGGAUUAAGAACUCAAAAUCUUAGAAAAGUUAUGAUGAAUUAAAGCAAACAACAGCAAUACUUUAUACAAACAAAAUUGUUUACAAACCCUCACACAACUAUACGCAGACUUUGACAUGUACAAUUGGCAGAGUUCCCCUUUUAAGUUCUGUGUGAUGUACUGUAUGGAUGUGGAUUGAUUGAAGUGAAUUUGUUGUACAUGACUCCUGUAACUUCGCUUAUUUGUUGUGUUUUUUUUACUGGAUUUCCAUACAACUGCUGGAAUUCUAUUGCCUCAGAUCAAUUUAGUGAAAACUCAUGAAUUUUCAUGUCAAAUAAAUGGUCUAUGGAUUUUUUUCCAGAGAGAAGAGCCAGUUUAUUUUGGCUCAUUGCUUAAACUUCCACUUGCUAGUGGACACAUUGUUUUUUCCAACCUAUAAAUGUUUCUCCGGUUUAAUCUUUAAAAGCAUCAGCCGAGGGUACAAAUCCUCAUUUAAGAAAGAAACGGUUUACCUGUGUUACCCAUUUGAGUGAUGAACAAAGCAAUGUGUUGAUUGUAUAAGUGAUUUUGUAUUUAGAUUUUGUACAUAGUGUAAAAUAAGCAGAACUUUACUCUUUUUAAAAAUAUGAACCCUAGAACUGUUGUCAUGUCUAUCUAUUUUUAACCUAUGGAAUAAAGAAAUGUUUUUAAGAUUA